UUUCUACGUUGUUCUAUCAAAUGGUCGGGUUAUACUUGUGUGGGUGUAGAAUAUUGAGGUUAUAGCGAAUUGAAUUAAAAAUAAUUUAUUGAAUUUAGACUGUAUAAAUAACUGCUCAAUGAAAAGCCGCCCAAAAUGGCUCUGCUCGGCGCUCAACUGGUUAUAACUCUGAUAAUGGUCUCAGUGAUUCAAAAACUAGGGAAUUAUUCGUUCGCAAGGUGGCUAUUAUGUUCGACAGGGUUGUACCGGUACUUGUAUCCCGAUAACAAUGAGUUGAAAGCUUUGGCUGGUGUGCCAAAGGAUAAGCCAAAGGGAAAAAAAGGAGGGAAACAUGAGCCGAAUGGGAAGGCGGAGACGUUCCAUGUUCCCCGGAGCCUUGAGAUACAGUUGGAGACGGCGCCGGUGACGGCUUUGGACGUGAUACACUUGAGAUAUUACACGGAGUAUCAGUGGAUAGUAGAUUUUUCACUUUACACAAGUAUUGUGUAUAUCUUGUCAGAGAUCUACACUUCAAUAUUUCCGCUGAAAGAUGAGUUCAACCUGAGUAUGGUGUGGUGCUUGCUGGUGGUUCUCUUCUCAUUUAAAAUCCUGCUAACCCUUACCAAGCAGUAUUUCACCAGCGAGGAGUCCAUCGGGGAGCGCUCCACCUGCAUCGUGGCCUUCUGCGUGUUCCUCCUCAUCGCUAUGAUGGUGCUGAUCGUGGACGAGAGCAACCUGGAGGUCGGGGUGGACCCGGCUUAUGACAGCUUUUAUGAGAAUGCCCAUAAGUUUCUUGAGAACCAGGGGCUUUCGUCUGUAGGUCCAGCGUCCAAGUUGAUCUUGAAGUUCUCAUUCGCCAUCUGGGCCGCGAUCAUCGGGACCCUGUUCACGUUCCCCGGACUGCGAGUGGCCAGGAUGCAUUGGGACUCACUAAGAUACUACGGCGACAACAAAUUGAAGAGUUUCCUCCUGAACGUUAACUUCGCAAUGCCAUUCGUGCUCGCGCUACUGUGGGUUCGGCCCGUGACCCGGCACUACCUCACCGUCCGCGUUUUUAGCGGCAUGGAAAAACCUUUAAUGACAGGGGCCGCCUUCGACACCCUCCGACUAACUCUAGUAGCGGCGACAGUAGUCCUACGCCUAUGUCUGAUGCCAAGACAACUACAAGCCUAUUUAGACAUGGCGCAGAGGAGAUUAGACGCACAAAGGAAAGAAGCUGGGCGGAUUACUAACGUGGAUUUGCAGAAAAAGGUGGCUUCAGUAUUCUACUACCUCUGCGUAGUAGCCCUCCAAUACAUCUGCCCCAUCAUAAUGUGCCUCUACUUCGCCCUCAUGUACAAAACAUUAGGCGGCUACGGCUGGGCCGACCUGUUCUAUGAGGACGAAAUGUGCAGUCCAGAGGACAGGAAGGUCCUUCCAGAAGGACUGGAUUUAGAGCAGUACCAGAUGGCAUGGGAGAAUCUUAAGAUGGUAUUUACCCAAGAAGUAUACAGAGGCGUGUUCGGGUUCGCGACGUGGUGGUCGCUUUUCGCGUGGUUCGCGACAACGUCGCUCGGUCUCGCCUACCAGACGUACUUCCGCAUCUCGUGAUACCCUGGUACCACCGGGUUAUGUUACAGUAGGGUUUUGAAUCUUGUUUUAUAGGUUUUAAGGUCCAAAAUGAGAAUUGCAGUAGAUCUGGAGAUACUUUCAUUUUAAACAAUACAAAUUUUCUCGUUAAUUACCUACUUUUAAAUCCUAAAAUUCCUAAAUAAUCAACGCCAUGAAAAAUAAUUCAAAAAAUCAUUGACCGGGAUUUUGUCGCGGAGAACAAAUAAAUUGUAUAAUGUGGACGUGUCUUUUAAACCCGCUGGCAACACUAACCUCUAUGAUUGUCCAUAUUCAUAAACAAUUGAUAUAGUAUGAAUUAUCUCAGGUGAUUUUUUCGGGCUCGGACCCUAAUCUGUUAAACAAAAGGUAUUGUUUCCUUUAUGCAGUGGUUAUAAUGCUUACUGCUAAUAGCCCUGACGUAAGUAACGGGAACAAGCCCCUUUAAAAAGCAAAUUUACCGUUCUAAUUAUAUGGUUCAGAUUCAUGAAGCAGCCCAUUCGGAGAUAACACGUUUUUGUUAUCUCCAAAAACAAGACCACCCUGAUUGUUCUCUGAACAAGCUAUCAUAUGAAUUUGAACCUUAAUACUAUCACGAUAGUUGCUUUUUAAACGACAUGGUUGCUUUGGCCCGUGCUGUAGACGGCUCUUAAAAAAAACAAAGGCUUUUGUUUAACGGAUUAGCACCCGAACUGGAAAAAAUCACCUGAGAUAAUUCAUACUAUACAAACGUUCAAACUGUGCCGUAGGCCAAUCAAAUCAGAUCCAUACAAAGCGUUUUGGGAAUUAAUUCUUCGAAAAAAAUCUAAUUUGUUUAGUAGUGUUUUUGGCUCUUAUUCAUUGAAUUUUGGCCGGGAGAGUAGUGCUUGUUUAUAUUGAUAAUUAUGUGAACUAGAAAAACUCGAAAUACCUAAUUCACAUUUUUAUCAAUAUGUAUGAAUGUUCAAUAAUUUCAAUAUGUAAGUUAUUAUAUUUUUCUUGGUUUGUUCGGCUAUUGAUUGACGUUUAAUAUGUAUUGUGUUUUAAGACUGCGUUUGUGUAUAUAUCCCAGUCGAUUUUUGUUGAAAAUAGAUAUGUUUAGCCAAUUUUGCAUUUGACUGUACAUUUAGAAAAUGGUGUCAAAAUUUAUAUAAUAUUAGUGCUUCUAGUCUAGUCAUAUUGUUCAGUCAGCAUGAUAUUAUUCGUAAGAAUAACCUUUUUGUAUGCACACUAUAUUACUUUUACCGUUGACUGUACUGUUUGUGUAGAUAUAGAUCCCUUUUCUUAUUUAUUUAUUAUGAUUUAGUACAAAUUACAUUUUUUGGAAUUUUUAAUAAAAAAAAAAAGUGUGAAUCAUCAAUUGAUGUAAGUCAAUACUGUUCGAUGAUUCGUAAACUUUAAACCAACGAAAUGUGGUAAUUGGUUAUAACUGUUAUAAGGAUUAUGUCAACCGUAACCUCUAGCAAGCUCGCAAGUUAAAAGUUGCCAUGACAAAUUUAAUGCAAUUUUAAUUUUCCGAAAUGAGGACUCAUCUUUUUAUAGGCCUCUGGGUGGCUAAGGCGGCCUUAGCGGCGGCGGCUUAGGUGACAUUUUGUAAACUCAUUCCAACGUCACCUACGGUUGACCUGCGUGUUAUGGCAGAACUAAUUUGUCGCUUUGUGUUGCCACGUAUGUAUGUACUAUGCGCAAAACGUCGUUUUUGCCUGUUUUACAUGCGUGGCAAGCCUCGAGAAGCGUCAGGGACGCAUAUAUGUGUUAGAGAGAGCAAGCGAUGCGUCCCUUGAGGCUUGUCGAGGCUUGCCACUGUAAAAAUCAAUCUUUACAUUCAGUGCCACUUUCGCAAAACGUUCCUUUUGUAAAAAUAAUCUAUUGGGUAUAUAAAAUGAAAACUGAAAGUUCGAAAAAUAUGACACAACUUUCUUAUAGAAGCUAAUUUACAAAUUAAAGUCGACUAUAAUGUAAUUAUUGAACUGAACAUUCUGCAAAUAUGGCGAACAUUUGAAACGGAAUAUUUUGCAAAUGUGGCAAUUUAUGGACGAAGACGUUUUGCAAUAAAGGCAUUUGUGGGAAUUCGAAAUAGUCAAAGGAUAUCUAGCAAGUGGGUCAGUACGCGCCCGACCCAAUCAUUUCUUAAAAAUGCACAUUCAACUGCACAUUGCAUAGUUAGCCGCAAAAAAAGUGAUACAGCAAAAUACAAAUGUGUAUAGAAAUAAAGACAUAUGUGUAUAUUAUACUGCACGGGUUAAUCGAACGAGCGAGCGAAGCGAAGCG